AUGAGCGUCACCCGCGAGCAUCCUUGCCUUCGUCUCUCAGUUCUUCCUGGCGUUUUCUACGUACGAAAGGUGCAAGAAGUGCCUGCAGAUGUCUUACGGCGGAUAGCGGAAGAACCUCAAUCUCUUCUGUCCAUUACACGUACCCUGGAGGAGAUAUCGAUCGUAGGUCAAUGUACUGUCGAAGAAGAGUCUGAAGGCGAAUGGAAGUGCAUCAAAAUAGCAGGGCCCAUGCCCUUUGAACUAACGGGCAUUUUGGGCGGCUUGCUGGAGCCUCUCAAGCAGGCAAAUAUUGGCAUCUUCGCAAUCUCGACCUGGAACACGGAUUAUUGCCUCGUCCCAAAAGGCAGGAUCGAGGAUGCGGUUGUUACUCUUACACAAGACGGUUGGUUCUUUUGA